UAUACUCUCCGCAUUUAACUUGGAUGACAUUUUUAUUUCAUCAUUAGCAUCCGGCGCCAGGCUGACGCAGUUACACUGGUACAUUUUCACAGAAGACCUCCACGGGACCCGGACGCAAGAUUGAUGUUACUUUUCGGCGUUUUUCUUUAUAUUUACCGUCAUUGUCUUUGCUGUAAUAAAAAGUAUCUCAGUCUUUUAAAAACGCACUGAAAGUGAAAAAAGAGACAGGCACUACAGACCAGCAUCCCUCUAUUCGUACGCACUAACUUUUAUUUAUUAUUUUUAUAAAAAAGCGUAUUUGUGGUCCAAGGCAUUCGGACCACAAACAUCAAGCGGCAAUGCCCGAGACACCGCAAGAGACAUGCACUCCUGCUAAAGAGUCACCGUUUUUCAUUAAGAACCUGCUGAACUGUGAUAGCAAGCCCUCCAAGCCCAAACCUCUCCUUGCUCCGUCGAAAGGAGCAUUGGAAGGUAGCUUUUCACUCUCUCAGGUCGGGGAUUUAAGCUUUCCUCGUUUUGAGUUACCUGCCCAGAGGUUUGGUUUACCGGCGCAUUACCUGGAGCGAGCGGCGGCAUGGUGGUACCCCUACACUCUGAGCACCUCCAGCCAUCUACACAGGACUGAAGUCCCCGAAAAGGCGAGCGCGAGAGACUCCUCUCCGGCCUCGGGGACGGACCGGGAUUCGCCUGACCUGGUACUCAAAUCUGACACCGACGCCAAAGAAGAUGAAGACAACAAAAGUGCUGACGAAAUAGUUCUGGAAGAGAGUGAUUCGGAGGAGGCAAAGAAAGAGAGCGGGGUGGAUGACUGGAGGAAAUCAGACGACAGUCCGGAUAAGAAACCCUGCCGGAAAAAGAAGACGCGCACGGUCUUCUCCAGGAGUCAGGUGUUCCAGCUCGAGUCCACCUUUGACAUGAAACGGUACUUGAGCAGCUCGGAGCGCGCCGGCCUGGCCGCGUCGCUGCACCUCACAGAGACGCAGGUAAAAAUCUGGUUCCAGAACCGGAGGAACAAGUGGAAGCGGCAGCUCGCGGCCGAGCUGGAGGCCGCCAACCUGAGUCACGCGGCCGCACAGAGGAUAGUGCGCGUGCCCAUUCUGUACCACGAGAACUCAGCGUCGGAGAGCGCGAGCCCGGCGGGCAGCGCGCCAGUCAGCCAGCCGCUGCUCACCUUCCCCCACCCGGUGUACUACUCACACCCCAUAGUCACCUCUGUGCCGCUGCUCAGACCCGUCUGA